AAAAUCAUUUCUUUCAAGUUUCAACACCACUCUCCUCUUCUUCGCCCAAACCCUUCUCCUCUUCCUCCUCCUCCUCCUCCUCCUAGGGUUUACUCCUCUCCACCCUCUCUUCACCAAAUUCCCCUCCCUAUUACUUGCGCGGGGGAGGAGCCUCGUCGUUCGGCGCCAUGGGAGAGGCGGGGAAGGGAGAGAAGAGGGUCGACUACAUGAAUCUCCCCUGCCCCCUCCCGUUCGAGGAGAUCCAGCGAGAGGCAUUGAUGUCCCUCAAACCAGAGCUUUUUGAAGGGUUGCGUUUUGACUUCACAAAAGGGCUAAAUCACAAGUUUUCACUCAGCCACAGCAUCUUCAUGGGAUCAACAGAAGUUCCUUCACAAUCAAAGGAUACUAUCAAAAUUCCUACCGCUCAUUAUGAAUUUGGUGCUAAUUUUCUAGAUCCGAAGUUGAUGCUUGUUGGAAGGGUACUUACUGAUGGAAGGCUGAAUGCAAGAGUUAAAUGUGAUCUGACUGAUAACCUUACAUUGAAGAUAAAUGCACAGCUAACAAAUGAGCCACAUUUUUCUCAAGGCAUGUUUAAUUUUGAUUACAAGGGUAGCGAUUACAGGACUCAAUUUCAAAUUGGAAACAAUGCCUUCUAUGGAGCCAAUUACAUCCAGAGUGUUACGCCACACUUAUCGUUGGGUAGUGAAGUUUUCUGGCUUGGUCAUCAAAGGAAAUCUGGAAUCGGUUUUGCUGCUCGGUAUAACAAAGAUAAAAUGGUUGCUACAGGACAAAUCGCUAGCACCGGAAUUGUUGCAUUGAGUUAUGUUCAGAAAGUCACUGAGCAGGGUUCGCUUGCAUCUGACUUCAUGUACAAUCACAUGACAGGAGAUGUGACAUCAAGUUUUGGAUAUGAUUACAUAUUUAGACAGUGCCGUUUGAGGGGUAAAAUUGAUUCCAAUGGUGUUGUGGCUGCUUUCCUCGAGGAGAGAUUAAAUAUGGGUGUCAACUUUAUCCUUUCUGCAGAGAUCGAUCACCUAAAGAAAGACUACAAAUUUGGGUUUGGCAUGACCUUAGGAGAAUAAAUUUGCUUCUAGACAACAUAUAUCAGAAGAUACGAUCGGGUUUGCGGCUACUGGUUUUUCUGGAGAGUGCCUGUUCUGAAGAUCCUUUUCGGCUCCUCAGAAUCCUAGCAGACAAGUUUAACUGAUAUUGGAUAGAAAAAUAGGACAUUUUUGUAAUCCAUGAUUUGAUUUCCAACCCGUUUGCGAGAUAAUAUGUCGAUGCAAGGCCAUGAUUCUUUGCCCAUCUUUGAUGGAACAAUGUAAAAAUCAUGAUUUGAUACCUGUGUUCUUUUCUACCAAUCAAGAAAUGUUUUGCGGUCUCUUGCUUUUGCUGCUU